CCGGUGGUAUAAACGCGCGCGCCGCGGAUACUGCGAGCGCACGACUUCGUUACGCGGCUAGACCGGCAUUAGACGUUUCGGCGUGCGACUUACCGCACUAUACCGCCUGCCACCACGCUGCAGUCGCGUGAUCCGCGGUCGAAACCGUUAGACCGAAGGGCUCUCGUUUGUUCGUCGCGGGUACGUUGGGAACAAUAAUAGUAAAAAAACUAAAAAAAAUAAUAAUGUCCGAUACGAUUUUUUAAACCGUAGUUUUUUCGACCGGACCGAGUUGCAAUUCCGUCGUCGUCGUGCACGACGGUUCGCUAUACCGACGAGACGUUUUAUAGUGGUGACCGAAUCGAUCUCUAGAUUAAUUAUUAUUAUAAUAUUCAAUAUACUAUAUUAUCGUGAUCGUAACGACCGUUUUCGUCGAUAAGACGUGAGACGAUCCGAGCAACAGCACUCGACGAUAUUGGGACGGCAUCGUCGUCGGGUUCGUCAUGAUACAACCGUCGUCAUUAUCGUAAUAUUGUCGUUACGAUCUUUGCUGUCGAACACGACACGACUAUGCCGCGACGAGCCGAAGCGGUCCUCAUCAUCGGCGGACGAACAAUAAUUAUUUAAAAACGAUAUUGUUGAAUUUUGAAUUUGAAACUGUCCACAGUCACAGAAUGAACGCUCUAUUAUAUUUGUUCACGCUAUACAUACUUGAAUGUGUUGGCUUAAGGGACUUGAAAAUCCACGUCCCAGUGGCAGUAAGAUCCGGAUCCAUACUGAGAAUGAACUGUACAUACGAUUUGGAAAAUACGGCACUGUAUUCAAUAAAAUGGUAUCUGAGGGAUCAAGAAUUCUAUCGAUAUGUGCCAAAAGAAUCGCCUCCCACUCGUGUUUUUCCAAUGCCUGGAAUUAUAGUUAAUGUACAAGAAUCCGACGAAAACAAAGUAACCAUUGUAAACGUCCAGAGGGAAUUGACGGGAUUUUAUAAAUGCGAAGUCUCAGCGGACGCACCACUUUUCCACACCGGUAUUAAGACAAAACUCACAUACGUCACUAAUGAACCAUCAUUCCCUCCGACGAUAAACGCGAAUAGAAAGAAGUACUCAUCGGGUGAUCUAAUUAACGUCACUUGCAUUGCAGGCGAAAGCUAUCCAGCUGUCAACAUUAGUUGGUUCUUAAAUAAUCAAACGGCUGAAAACAUGAAAUCAGUACGUAUCCAAACCACGUUCGAACGUAAGGUUUCCGAACUAGUAAUAAUGAGAUCCUAUCUAAUAACAAGAGCUAGCACGUUGUUAUUUCCGACUGGCCGUAUUAAAGUGAUAUGUGAAAUUUCUCAAUUCGACUUGUACAAACAGUCGGCUUUUUUAGAACUGGUUGACAACGCACCACCAAAAUCGGCACAAGUCAUCGCUCCGAGUCUGUCACCACAUUCUACAGGUAAAGCUCCAAGAUUACAGAAUUGGACGUCGAUUAUGUUCAUCAUGUUAUUUAUCGUCAACACCAAACUUCUGUAAUUAUAAUAUUUAUAUAACUGGGAACUGAACUGACCAGCUACGUUACAAUUAUUCAAAUAAUACUAUAAAAUAUAAAAUAAUACAUAGAAAGUUGAUAUAGUCUUAUAAUAUAUAAAAUAACUAAAAAUAUAUAUUAUAUUUUAAUGAUGUUUACCUAACGACCCGUGCAAGCACUAGAUUUUUUUUUAAAGUUAAUGUGUUCUAUUAAUUUGUUGAUUAUGUGUAAUUAUUAUUGUUAAGCUGAUAAAAAAAAAAAUAUUUGGUAUAAUAA